UUUGUCACGACCCGUUGGGCCCGAUUGUCCAAAAAUGUGCCCGAUCGUCUGUAAUUAGUUUUUUGACAGUGAAAAUCAAAUAAUGCAGAUGCUUAUUGAAUGUCCGAACAGUGAUUUAUUAAAAGGAUAAAAGAUUAAUGUUACCAUACAUUUAUACUUGGACUAGCUGAUUCGAUUUACAGUCCAUUUAGACCGCAGAACCACUCGCAGAAGACAUGGGUUUGUCAUUCAGUUUAAUUGUAAAUGGCUCACAAAGUAGAAGAUUACAGAGCAGCAGUACAUUAAAUGUUGCAAUAUCACCAGAUGGAAAAAAGGGACCUCUCUACACCUUUGUACCAUUAAGUAACAGCAACUGUAUGAAUUUACCAGCAUGCUUUGUAUUGAAACUCAACAAACCAAUGCCAUUGUCUACGAUACUUUUUAAGAGGCUAGCAAUCAAUCAUAGCAUGGCAUCAGCUGAACCGCUUAAUUCGUUAAUAUGUCGGCAUGCUCAGGACCCAACGUUACUUUUAGAUACCAGACCAAACUCGCAUAAUAAAUUCUAUGUGACUUUGCCAGGUGAGCAGCACUGUUACUUCAUCAAUGAAUGCAAUAAAGAUAUGAAAGGUGUAAUUGUAUCAACUAUUCCACUCACCUGUACAAGUCAAGCUAUUACCAUAGUUACAGCAUUAAGACAACAAGCAGUGUACAACACACUCCUUGCCAGCUGUGUACGCUCAGAUACUUGUAAAGAUGAAUCUGAUGUUUCAUUAUUUGAAGUUGUAACAGUUACGCAAAACAAGUUAACAAUAACAUUUGAACAUCCAGCCAAAAUAGGAAUGGCUUGUGUUCAGAUGGACCUUACUGAUGGUUCUGAUGUAAAGUGUGUUAUUCAUACCCCCCAUGGCGAAGAACCACUUUGCUGCAAUACUUAUGCAACCAAAGUUCUGCAAAGUUUCAGUUGAUAGGGUGUAUUCGCAGAGUCUAGAACAGUGAAACAACUUUCAUCAGAAAGUUGUCGACAAGAUCCCGAGCUCUGCAAAUGUUGAAAAAUAUGAGAGGCCCUGUCACGGACCAAAUGUUCAGGUUUUGCCAAUAUACACGGAAUUACAUCCAGCACAAACAAAUCUAUAAACUACACGAGACAUGGUCUUUCAUGCUAAACAGAUUACUAAUUUUGUAAGAUUUGAAAACCAUAACAAUGUUUACAUUUUUGCAAAAAAUUUUUUUAUAGUUAUUUAUUUUUACGUUUGAU